CAGCUGGAACAACUGGAUCAACUCGCAGCUGCAGUGGAUAUGUUAAUACAUUUAUAUAGCCUAUAUAUAUAUAUUUUUCCCUCUUUUUAAUCUGAUUCCUAUUUGAAGGAGUUUCUUUAAAUAACUUAUUCAGUCGGUUUUCUUUUGAUUAGAAAUUUUACUCCAGAUCUACAGACAUAUUUUUGGGGGAUUAUUAUCAUUAUUAUUUAUUUAUUAUUAUUAUUUUCCUUAUUAUUAAACGCUUGGUCGGGGCUGCAGCUCGGUGCGUGCAGCGGCAGCAUCACAGUAAGGCUUGGACUGGACGCGGCUCCCGGUGCCAAAGCCUUUCCCCCCAAUCUGCGCUUCUCCUCCCGGCCGGGGGAAGUUCAGCUCACACCGAGCCAGGACCAGCAGGCCAGGGCGGCAGCCAACACCCCGAGCAGGAGAAAAGAAAAAAGAAAAGAAAAAGUUGAAGAAGAACCGGAAGAUGGGCUGCACGAUCAGCGCCGAGGAUAAAGCCGCGGUGGAGAGGAGUAAAAUGAUUGAUAAAAACAUACGAGAGGACAGAGAGAAAUCAUCCAGAGAGGUGAAACUGCUUCUACUCGGUGCCGGGGAAUCCGGAAAGAGCACUAUUGUCAAGCAGAUGAAAAUCAUCCAUGAGGACGGCUACUCGGAAGAAGAGUGCAAGCAGUACAAAGUGGUGGUGUACAGCAACACCAUCCAGUCCAUCAUGGCCAUCAUCAGGGCGAUGGGGCUGCUGAAGAUUGAUUUUGGCGAUGCUGCCCGGGCGGACGACGCGCGUCAGCUGUUCACCCUCGCCAGCACGGCGGAGGAAGGAGUGAUGUCUCCGGAGCUGACCGCCGUCAUCCGCAAGCUGUGGCGCGACAGUGGCGUCCGGGCCUGCUUCGACCGAUCUCGAGAGUAUCAGCUCAACGACUCGGCUGCAUACUACUUGAACGCGUUGGACAGGAUCUGCAAACCGAACUACAUCCCCACUCAGCAGGAUGUGUUGCGCACCCGGGUGAAGACCACAGGGAUCGUGGAAACUCACUUCACCUUCAAAGACCUCUACUUCAAGAUGUUUGACGUUGGCGGUCAGCGCUCGGAGAGAAAGAAGUGGAUCCACUGUUUUGAAGGAGUUACCGCCAUCAUUUUCUGCGUGGCGCUCAGUGACUACAACCUUGUCUUGGCUGAGGAUGAGGAAAUGAACCGGAUGCAUGAGAGCAUGAAGCUGUUCGACUCCAUCUGCAACAACAAGUGGUUCACACUCACCUCCAUCAUCCUCUUCCUCAACAAGAAGGACUUGUUCGAAGAGAAGAUCUCCAAGAGUCCGCUCACUAUCUGCUACCCCGAGUACACCGGUGAGAACUCCUAUGAAGAGGCGGCUGCUUACAUCCAGUGCCAGUUUGAAGACCUCAAUAAACGAAAAGACACAAAGGAGAUCUACACCCACUUCACUUGUGCCACAGACACCAAGAAUGUGCAGUUUGUGUUUGAUGCGGUCACUGACGUCAUCAUCAAAAUCAACCUGCGAGAGAUUGGACUCUACUGAAGCUCCUGCUGCCUUCCAGGUGAUUUGAGGGAAUCUGGACUUCUGAGGCGUCUUGACGAAUCAGAGCAUAUCUAAAGACUACAUUCAUGGCCAGGCGGGAUCCAAAGGGCGACUCUGACCACUUUCCUCUCAGUCAGAUGAUUACUGCGAGUCCAGCUAUAUUUAAUAUCUCUUGAUUAUUCAGACACAUGAAGUCUCUGUUGCUUUUAUGUUCAGUAUGUAAUCUGCAAAAUGACUAAAAUGGAUCAUUUAAAGGAAUACCCAUCGCUACAUUUCACAGUGGUUCAUGAAAGUUAGGUUCACAGUUCUGUUGUGUCUCGUCAUAAAUGUCCGUGUUUUGCUUUUGAUGACUUUUUUGUUUUUGUUAAGUUCUAUUUUAAUUAUUAGAUGCAGUUUAUAGAUUUAAUAUUCCCACCUUUGGAUAUGUGAAUUUCAUGACGUUUGAUUUUGGAAAGAUUUUGAUGUGAGCCGUUUAUAAAUAUGAUACGUAAUGUAAUUGAAUUGAAGGUAGAUAACUAGAGGUCAUUUCCCCACCUAUAGUCCACUUAGUUAUUUUGACUUACAAGAACAGAAUAUAGUGAACAAUAUGUUUGAAACAAAUCACAGAUGAAAUCAAUAUGAAGGGACAUUUUUAUUUUACUCUGCUUGUUUAUUCUUAUUUCAUUUUUAUUUGGACUAUAAAUGUUGCUAAUAUUA